AUUAGGCUCACCGCUAUAUAUGAUAGCUAUGCCUCUGCUUUGAAAGGGAAAUCUUACCACCAAUAGCCAACGUUCACUCACCGAUAUGUUCAUCCGUUCAACGAACCGAUGCUCAAGAUCUAACAGCUCGACCCUCAUUUCCAAUCACCCUUCUCCUUGACUGACUCAACCUGACUUACCAGUUCACUUCCACUCUCCCUAGUCUCCAGCAAACUAACACUACACCACCUCAUCUAUCACCCCAACCUUCCGCCUCUUGAAGGACGAUUAUGAUGUGAACGCACGCAGGAUCAUGUCUAGCAACAUCCUAAAUCCACCCCCACUAUGGGCAUUCCCACCCCAUCCCGACGACCAAGACACCCAAGCUCCUCUCCCGCAGCACCACCACUCGGGCUCUCCCGAAGCGGACCCAAACCGUCCAUCCAUCUUCGGCGGUGGGACUUCUCUUCUCGGCCAAGGUAGUCCACAGCCCAACACAUCACUCACCCUCCCACCCCAAGACGACAAUACCACCAGACCCAUCCCCGCACACCUACGCUUCGCAGCCGGUCUCUCCGACGAAGAAGACGGCGCCGCUUCGUCCGCGGCACUGCGGUCCUUCGCGAACGUGAGAAAAGCGUCGAAGACGCUGCAUUCCAAGAUCUCGCCCAAGCGCGCUAGCAGUGAGGAACAUGAUGAUAGGUCGGCGAAGCGGGAGAAGCGGCUGCGGGAUUCUUUGUUCGGUGGUGAUGAUUUGUUUGGGGAUGUGCAGGAAGCGGUGCCGAAUGCGACGGGGAGGAAGAAGAAGAGUGGCCCUUUUGAGAUGUCUUCGGACGAGGAAGAUGAGAAUGUCGAUGCGGAUGACGAGGCGGAUGAUGAGUAUCAAGACACUUCGGUUCGUCCGACGGCGCCGCAGCCGCCGCGGAAUGGCGGCAUCCAGCAUCACCUCUCAAGUCUGCAUCUGAACGGGGACGAACCCGAUAAUGUCAUCAUGAACGCGACAAACUACAUUUCGAACGACCUAGGUCUCGGCUUGUCGGACGACGAUGACGACGAAGUGGGCUCGAGGGUCCGAUCUCGCGAGGCGUCUAUUGACAGUGUCGGCAUACCACGAGCGGUUCGCAACGAGAUUGACAGUAAUCCUUACGACUUCCGCAAGAAUGUGAAUAGGGCAGUCGCAAGCACCUGGGUGGACAUCGAUCAAAGCGGGACAUAUGACCCCGAAGCUGAGCGCGAGUUGGCGAGGAUAAAGAAGAUGAAGAUGAGAGCUGCUGCGAAGAAGAGGAAUGCCGCUGCCGUAAAGCCUGAGAAGUUUAUUGUGGUCUUGCAAUUUCCUACUCGAAUCACUACUGUCCUGAACCUCGUGGACGGUGAGGAGAAUUGGCCGGACGGAUGGUCUGAAGUGGACUCGGAGGAGGAGAGAGUGCGAGAGGAACGCAGGGCAGCGAGAAAGUCCUUAGCAAAGAAGCAGCCGAAGCGAAUCAGGGAUCCGGCGAACAUUGUGGACGACUUGACUGGGCAUCCUGCAGCGCGAGGAUGCACAGAGUGCCGCAAGGCUGGAGAAGAUUGCAGUCUCGUCCAUGGGCAAACCUGGCCUUGCCAAAUAUGCAAAGAGCAGGAUAUUGAAUGCAACCUCAUUAUUCCCCCAGUCGAGAAAGAUAAAUGCAGACGCUGCGAAGACGACGAUGAGCCUUGUUCGUUUACGGAUCCGCGAGCGAAGAAUAAGAACAACAGAGGCGUCUGCGAUCGUUGCCAUUAUGGUGGUCAUCUCGGCUGCGCCAUACGUCCGCCAAAGGGAUACAAGAUUCCCCGCAUCGAUCUCGCAGAGCUGAGCUACGGUCCAAACAGGGAAUACGUCAAUUGUUCUCACUGCCGCGCGAGCAAACGGCGCUGCUCCGUAAAGUCCAAGAAGGACCGCGGGCCCUGCAACCAGUGCAAAAAGGCCAAAAUCGGCUGCACCUUCUUCGAAUUCCCACCUACGCCGCCUAUAUUCCUAGAGGACGAACCUACAAAAGUCCGCAGGAAGGAGAACAGGGUUGAAAGGCCACCAGAGCGAGUCCCACUCUUCACUGACGAAGAGAUCGCCGAGUACGACAGGCAGGCGAGGGCCGUCCGGAAGCGAGAGCCGACUCCGGAAUUCGAGAUGGAGGACACGCUGGGUCGCAAGGGGAGGUUCACCCAUCUCUGGACAUCCUUCGCCCAUCCGAUUGAUUUCCAAAUACACUCGCAGUCGAUUCAGGGUCAGUGUGAUUUCUGCGCGAGCCCCUGUUUCGGGAUAUUAGGACAUUGCGAGAAACGAGUGUAUACCAUCCGCUGGCACAAUGACAUGGGAUACACUGAGAUAGGCGGAGGUCAUCGCGAUCAGCAUGAUGCUACAGUUAUGUGUCAGCGCUGCACAAUGGGUCGUGUCCAGAUGAUCAUUUGUGAUCACGGAAUGCGCUCUCUUGGCGAUGCUCAGAAUCUCGACUUCGAAGCGGCAGCGGACGACCUCGCGGAAUCCGAGCCCGGGCCUGACCGGUCACAUCAGCUUCAGCGAUGGUGUUCGCUAUGCUUUACUCCUGCGUCUUUCCGAUGCGGUGUCCAGCAGCCGAACCUGUUCGAUUCUUUCGCUGACACGGGAGAGGAGACUAUAAUCGACGGGUGUGGAUUUCGUCUGUGCACUAAAUGCGAAGGGAGGUUGAGAUGCGACUUCCAGGGAGACUAUGAAGCAUUGAUCGCGACCAUGGACAAAGAUCCUAAGUUCAGAGACGAAGAAGAGGAGAAUGAGGAUGCUACAGCGACGGUGACAAGGGCAGAUGUGGGGCUUCUUUUGAAGCAGGGAAUCCUCAUGAGAACGGUAGAGAAUAGCAUCGGCCCGUAAGGAAUCUCACUUCCUCCAAGGAUGCGAGCGCUUGAAGACAAUGUCGCUUGGCGAAGUCGGAGCUUGAACCUGGUCUUCUUCGAGUCGUGCCGAAUAAGCCUUCGUCGAGGGGUCACGGUGUGGCGAUAUUUCCUUGCAUAUUGCAUGGGGAUCUCAAUUGCGUAUUUCGGGUGGCCAAUUUUCAAGACAUCAUCUACUUCUUCAAGCCACUUAUAUCCACAAUCUUCCAUAGCAUCUGAUCCGUAUUUUGCAGAUAAAAAAAGUCAU